AUGCAACAUCAUCAACCAAUUAUUCAAUUGUCCGAUCACGUUAAAAGUAAAAUAAAAGAUCGUGAACCAGGUUCCUUUAGUCGUUCAUCAGAUGAAUUAAUUCUAUCAGAUCAUACGAAUGAAGACAAUGAAUCCUUUCGUUCACCAUCUCUUCAACAUUUGUAUCGGAAACGUAGUUCCACAUUUAUAACUCGUCAUACUCAAAAACCUUCAAUUCCUGAAUAUGCUAUUGUAAAUAAAAGAAAUAGCUGUCAAUCAAUACGGACUCCACAACGGCAAGAACCAUGUCAAGAAUGUUUUCAUCGGCAAAAUCUUAUUCAAAGUGCUAAUCAACAAUUACUACGAGCUUAUAGUGAAAAUCGAAGAUUAACUGAACAACUUCGUUCAUUUAUUUCAUUGAAUCGUCAAUAUGAAGAAGAUAAUUUAAAAUUAAAACAACAUUUAAUGAAAAUGAGUGCUUAUCUUGAAGAAUAUAAAACACAUUUCAAUCAACUUAAACAAACAUUUAUAGCAGAAAAGAAUAAUCAAGUACAACAAGGUUUUGACAAUGAUCAAUUAAGGAGACUUCGACAUGAGAUGCAUGUUUGCAGACAAGUUGUAGCAUCAAAACAACAAGAAGAACAAAAGAAUAUUGAUUAUUUUUCUCGUCAGCAAUGA